CGUUUGGGAAAGUGCGGGGCUUCUUAAAAUUGGGCCUUCUAAUAAGGCCGGUCGUGAAGUGGUCUGACAGUGACGGAAGCCAUGAAGUUCACAGACUCCCCGGUGAUAGAGCUACCGGUGCGCAACGCCGUCCUCUCUAUUCAACAGGACAACGGCUCCUUUCACGUGGGCACCUCCGUCUGGCCCUGCUCCUUAGUCCUCGUCAAGUUCGCCGAGCGUUGGGCCCCGCUCCCGGGCCCAAACCCAAGGCCCACAACCACAGCCAACCCUUAUGCCCAACUCCUCGACUUCGGCUCCAAGCGGGGCGUGGAGCUCGGCGCCGGCUGCGGAGCCGCCGGCAUGGGCUUUUACCUACUCGGUCUGACGGACGUCGUCCUCACCGACAUCUCCCCGGUCAUGCCCGCACUGAAGCGAAACCUCAAGAACAAUAAACCCGUGCUCGCCAAAACCCUAAAGCACUCCGUCCUCUACUGGAACAACGCCGAUCAGAUCAAGUCCCUCAAACCUCCGUACGACUUCGUUUUGGCCACGGAUGUCGUCUACAUUGAGGAGUCGGUGGGUCCGCUGAUUUCGGCCAUGGAGGCUUUGGUAGCGGACGACGGCGUCGUUUUGCUCGGUUACCAGUUGAGGUCCCCUGAAGCCCAUAAGCUGUUCUGGGAAAUGUCUGAGAAGGUGUUUGCAAUCGAGAAGGUUCCGCACGAGGAUUUGCACCCAGAAUACGCGUUCGAAGAGGCUGAUGUAUAUAUAUUUAGGAAGAAGAAGAAGGAGAAGGAGGAAGAGACGAAGGAAGUUAUCCCAUGAGUCUGAAUCUGGGCCCCAUGUUAGAGAUUAAAUACAGUGAGGAGGUCGGAGGCCUUGUUUGGUUGCCAUACAACCUGGAACAAUGGAUCCCACUUACUGGAUAAGCCUUUUGAAGUUUCAGAAGUACAGAUUAUGGGGCCAUGGCACUUGAAAAUGCAUGCAUUUCUUUAAUAUUUCAUUUGUAGCCAGUAGCCAGUAGCUGAGCUGGACAUUCAUCAGUAAUGUUCUGAAGAUGCAUGCAUUCAAGUUUAUGAAACUCUGCAGUCUCUUUUGAUUUCUAAGAUUGCAGUAUGACUAGCUCAGGCUUAUAUCUUCCUUUAGAUUUACACAACUUUUGUAAUUUCAUUAGUAUGAAUUUAGUUUAAAAGCCAAACCGUCUUAGUCAUUUAAUUCUUUUUGUGCAGAUUUGGUUUGCGAAGCUCAUGGCAUAACUUUUGUCAGAAUAAUUUGAUGAUUUUAAGAUGAUCAAUCACAUUACUAAGGUGAUGUUUAUGCAUU